CUAAAGUGUCUGAUAAUUAACAUUUAGACAAACUUCGGUUUUCUUAUAAAAUGAAACAAUUUUUAUUUUCUCACGUUUGUUUAUUAUUAUUAUUAAAGUUCCACUAUGCGUACACAGCGAGUUUAAGACUAUAUUGUGGAAAUGUGAACAACUAUACGUCAACGCCACUAGAAAACCCAUUACCACUGCUUAGCAAUACGUGUUUUAACAAAAAUCUAAAGAGCAUGAUUUAUGCUUUUGGCUACACUGCGGGCCCGGAGAGUAAGAUUACCCUAGCCAUACUUAGGAGCUAUCUAAAGAUACAUUUUAACGUGUUUCUGGUGGACUGGGAAAAGGAAUCAGCGUCGUAUCCUCCUUACUUACCAGAGGCAAUCACAUACACAUUUUAUGCUGCGCCAAAUACGAAGAAGGUGGGAAAAACAUGUGGCCAAGCAUUAAACACCUUGGCGGAGAGCGCGCUAGACCUGACCACGACCCACGUGAUCGGUCACUCCCUCGGCGCCCACAUGAUGGGGUUCUGUGGCCAGGAGUUGCAGAAGUACAAGAAGAUUAUGACCAGACUGACGGGUUUAGACCCGGCGGGGCCAGUGUUCGACUACAGUUUCACGAGUGGGAUAGGUCCCUCCAGCGCCAAAUUCGUGGACGUCAUCCACACUAACCCCGGUGGUGAGGGGACUGUGCGGAACCUGGGCACCGUGGACAUUCGGUUCAACUGCGACAAGCCGUAUCAGCCGCAGUGCGCUAACGAGACGUCGAUAUUGGAUAAAGUAUCGUGCAGCCAUCAAUCAGCGUGCUUCUACUUCGCAGAGGCUGUUCUAAACGGGACAGCCUUCGCGGCGGAGCGCAGCAGAUCAUGCCUGCAGUGGCAGCGGUUGACUUCUACUCCAGAAAUCAGCAACAUCAUCUAUGUUGGAGAGACUACUGACACGAGUGCUCGUGGUACAUACUAUUUAAGAACCAGAGAUCGACCACCUUACGGCAUAGGAGCUGAAGGUCUCCGCGCCACCUGACGCUACACACGCUUAAGCAUCAACCUCCAGGAUCUGAAUGAAUGUUUAACAAGGGUUUAUAGCUUCAAUAAGUUA